AUGCGGUCUGAAACCAAUCGAGGCGGCAGAAUCAUCAUGAUGCUGGACCAAGAAUGCCAGUGGGAAGUCUUCCUGCGGGACUCGGUCCAACUGAUAGCGGACGACGCGGACACAUACCAGGAAGCAUUGAACAGACGGUUCACCGAGCAUAAUAUGGACGAUCCUUCUUCGAUGAAUGAUCCUUUUAAGGAUCGUGUUCCAUUUUUCAUUCUUCAGCCACCUGCAUGCAAUGACGGGAGAUUCUUCGGACUCUCAGAGGAAACUGGAGCAGUAAAGAGGCAACGAGGAGGACGCGGAGGACGCGGCGAACACCACGGGGGCGGCGGAUACUACGGGGGCGGCGGAUACUACGGGGGCGGCGGAUACUACGGGGGCGGCGGACACCACGGGGGCGGCGGACGCCGCCGGAGAAGAAUCCUUUGUCCUACUUGCAGCUACAACCACGACCACGACCACGACCACGACCACGACCACGCCCACGACCACGCUCACGACCACAACCACGCCCACAACCACGGCCACUUCAACGUCGACCGAUUCAACGACGACCACGCCGACCCCCAGCACUCUGACACCGACAUGUUCAAGCGAGCGGGCGGGGCUCGGAAUCGCCCUGGGAACCGGAUCGUCGGGGGAACCCCAGUGAUCGCUCAGGGGAAGUAUCCGUGGAUGGUGCAUUUCAACACCACGGAAGAUGGGUUCUGCGGGGGGUCGCUCAUCAGCGAUCGGCACGUUCUCACGGCUGCAAGCUGCUUGAAGAGCCUCCCGGACUCGGUCACGGUGACGCUGGGAGACCUGACGUUAGGAACGGACACGGAGAGCUUCUCCAUCGACGUCCCCGGCAACGUGACCCUCCAUCCCCUGUACGACCCGAACAGCCUGAUCGACGACAACGACAUCGCCAUCAUCACGCUCGAACAACCGAUCGACUUCGUGGGCUUCAAGAACAUUCGGCCCAUCUGCCUCCCGGACGCCUCCCCGACCGUGGGGGACGUCGACGUCGUCGCCGGGUGGGGCGCCACCGCCUGGGGUGGACCUCUAUCGAAUGCCUUGUUAGAAGCGAAUAUGGCAGUCGUCAGCCGGACCGAAUGCCAAAAUGAUAUAGGCCCCAUCGCCAACAACGUCAUCUGCGCCAAACAGCCCGAGAAAGCCGUCUGCACCGGUGACGCGGGGAGCCCGCUCAUGAAGAAAUCCUCGGGCGGUAAGUACGUGCACGCUGGGGUGAAGGUCUUCCAGCAAAGCGGUUGCCCCGCGGGGGGCGACGGAGCCUUCAUGAAUACCAGAGCUUACGUGGACAGCUUCAUCACCGAUAACACAGUCGGGGCCCAAUGGUGUGCCGUUCCUUCGUGAUCGCUCCCAUCCUCUCCGCUGCAGUCCCGAUAGGAGGCUGCGAUUUUUCGUGCCGCCCACAGCUCUAAAUCGGACACGUGGCAUUUUUUUCGUAUUGGGGAUAUUUAAGAAGAAAGUCAUACAAUUCUGUGAACAUUUAUUGCUGCACGAUUAUCUCUCUCUCUCUAUAUAUAUAUAUAUUUAUGCAUAUAAUAAAGAAAGUUUGUCUGUCGGUUCC